GAAAGGGAAAAGAGCAACAGAGAAGUCCAUUGCUGCAGAUAGAAAGAAAAGCUGAAAACUUGUCAAAGACAGACAUAGAAGGUAAAAGACAUUGAGAAAGCAACAAGGAAGGAAGACAAACAAUAGUGAGUUGGAUUCAUGAUCAGUAUUGUUAUUAUCUGUAUUGUGCUACUGUGGAUCCAGUGGAUAUACUAUAAAUCUCUCUUCUGCAGCUAUUGGUCCUGGAGGAGGUUCAUUAGUUGUACAGUGAAGCUUGUAGAUUCAGAUCUGUGAACAGCCGCUGGUGGUGGAGGAGGUGCAAGAUGUCUGGGUCCAGCAUACUGCUGCUGGCUGCUCUGGUGCUGCUCCUGCUGCUGCUGGUCUGGAAGAGGAGGGGGUCACGGGGGCUUCCACUGCCUCCAGGGCCCCCUGGUCUACCCCUGCUGGGAAACCUGCUCCAAGUGGACAAGAAAGCCCCAUUUACAAGCUUCUUGGAGUGGAGUAAGCAGUAUGGUCCUGUCAUGACUGUGCAUCUCGGACCCCAACGGUUUGUGGUUCUGACUGGGUACCAGACGGUGAAGGAGGCAUUGGUGGACCAGGCGGAUGAUUUCACUGGAAGAGCUCCUGUGCCAUUUUUGAACAGAAUUGUUGAAGGGCAUGGUCUGGCCAUCAGCAAUGGCGAGCGCUGGAAACAGCUGAGGCGCUUCACACUGAGCACGCUCAGAGACUUUGGCAUGGGCCGCAAGAGGAUGGAGCAGUGGAUCCAGGAGGAGAGUCGGCACCUGCUGGACAGCCUGAGGGACACCAAGGCAACUCCAUUCAACCCUGCAUUCUUCCUGAGUCGCGCCGUGUCCAAUGUGAUCUGUGCUCUGGUGUUUGGGGAGCGUUUCAGCUACGAUGAUGCCAACUUCCUGCGACUCCUGCAUAUUAUCGCAGCUACUCUAAGAUUUGCUAGUAGCCCCAUGGCCCAGCUGUACAAUCUUUUCCCUCGGCUGAUGGAGUAUCUACCUGGCCAACAUCACACAGUCUUCCACAAUAUGGGGGAGCUUAAAGUGUUCAUCACGAAGGAGAUUCGGAGGCAUAAGGAGACAUUGGACCCCGACAACCCUCGAGACUACAUUGACUGUUUCCUCAUCCGGCUUAAUCAGGAGAAGGACCUGCCUGCUUCCGAGUUCACCUAUGAUAACAUGAUAGCAACAGUGCUGAACCUCUUCAUUGCCGGAACUGAAUCCACCAGCAACACCAUACGAUAUGCCUUCAUGCUGCUUAUGAAGCAUCCUGAGAUUCAAGAGCAUGUGCAUGAGGAGAUCGUAUCAGUGCUUGGCCAACAUGGCGUUCCAAAGAUGGAGGACAGGAAGUCCCUCCCCUUCACGGAUGCUUUCAUUCACGAAGUUCAACGCUACAUGGACUUUGCACCCUUCAGUGUUCCUCAUUACGCCACCAAGAACAUCUUAUUCAGAGGAUACAUUAUUCCCAAGGGCACAGUAAUUAUUCCCAUGCUGCACUCUGUGCUCAGGGAUGAGAACCAAUGGGAGAGCGCCUGGACCUUCAACCCAGACAACUUCCUGGAUGAAAAUGGCAACUUCAAGAAGAACACAGCCUUCAUCCCCUUUUCCGCUGGUAAGCGGUCGUGUGUGGGUGAGUCUCUGGCACGGAUGGAGCUCCUGCUCUUCCUGGUGUCCAUAGUGCAGAAGUUCCACCUCAGCACCCCCGGAGGACCCUCCAGUCUGGACACCAGACCAGAGUUCAGCAGCUUCGUGAAAGCCUACGCUCAGUAUGAGCUCAUUGUCACCCCGGUUGAUUGACCUUGGAACUAUGACAUUCAACGAUACAACAUUCCAGUCCAGAUGAAGGUUCAGACCCCCUCCAUUGUUUUGAAACAACCUCAAAGUCGGGGCAUAGCACAAAAUUCUGGGUGCUGUGUGCAACCUUAAUGGACACCAUUUAUAUGUUGUUACCAGUGCCACUGACAGCUUUGGUCGGGCCCAGGACAAAGUUGCCUGAAAGGGCCCCCCAGCCCAAUAGAUACAAUGUAAUUAAGACCCAGUUCCUUUCUCCCUGGGCCCAGGACAACUGUACCCUUUGUUCCAGCCUGUCGGCACCUUUGGUUGUUAAUAUUGGGAAAAAUCCCAGGUGACUCACCCCCAGCCCCACCCCCUCUCUACUUCAACAUCCCUGUACACGUUUCCUUUGAGGAGGUGAUUCUGUAAAUGUUGCAUGUUUUCAAGACAUGAUGACAUGAAUUACUCUGAGGAACAGUAGUUUCAUCUUGAUGUUGAUGAUGUCUUUUCUGAAUUUGCCAACAGUGAGUGAAGAGCACUAGGGACUGAAUAAUAGUAAUAAUAAUAAUAAUAAUAUUAAUAAUAAUAAUAAUAAUACUUUUGUUUUAUAACCACUUUUGUUAUAUACCCAAAGUCGCUUUUUGACUGUCCCUUUGUCCCCCUAUUUUGUGCACAGGUCUCAAAGCUAUAAUCUGGCCUUUGUAUUGAAGUGCUUCAUGGGGGAUUCUGCGUUAGGCUACCUCUCAUGUUAUAUUUGAACAUUUUGUAUUUGCGGCCUGAUACAGUAAUACAGUAAUAGACAGUAUAUACAGUAAUAAAUGAAACCUACUGUAAAGGUCCACUCUAACAGAAUGGGCUGAUAUUGUCGAGGACAUUUAUUUGAUGGAGAAGAUCACUUUUGCAUGCAGAUUGCGAAUGGGGAGGUUUGGGGAGCUGUGGGCAGAGUGGGAGGGUGGAGGAUGAUGUGGGGUGAAUGAUGAUGUGUGGUAUAAGCUUGUUUUUUGUUUUGUUUUUGUUUUUUCGUUUUUUUUUUCUUUGUUUGUUUUUUGUUUUGUUUUUUUCUUUUUUUUCUUUGUGUUUGUUUUUUGUUCGCUUUUCACUGUUCAAUAAAAAAAAGAAUUUAAAAAGAGAAACCUACUGUAAAGGACUGUAGUUGCAACUGCAGAGGUUCAUAAUCCCCUUAAAUCAUAGAGAUUCCUGUCUACCUAAUGAAUAGAAUAGAAUAGAAUUGAAUAGAAUAGAAUAGAAUAGAAUAGAAUAGAAUAGAAUAGAAUACAAGAAGAAGUAAGAACAAGAAGUACAUGCUGUAAUACAUGUCAAAAUGGGUUGAACAAUGUGUUUUCUAAGUGAUAUUGGAUUCAAUGGAGUCACAGGUUGGUAUUUUCACUUGGUGUACUGUCACAUUAAUAUAACAACUGAAAAUGUGUUUGUCAAGCAAAGGGGUUCAUUUCCUCAACUCCGACACAGAUUUGAAUAAACAAUUCCACUUGAACUAGAAUGACAUUUUGCCCGUAGCUUGAAAUGACGAAAUAAUGAACUUUGUCCUCUUCAGCCUAUAACAACAGCCUCACAGGAGAUCACUCUUUUACCUUUAUCUGCUAAGAGUCACAGUGUAUGCAGAGUGGCAUGGGCAAGAGAGGGGGAAAAAGAGAGGUGAACGUUUAGGCUUGAUCUUAAAAUGUGAGUAAGACCCAAAAAAAAACACC